CAAACGUUUGUGUGGUUCUUGCCGGAACAAAUUCUCUGCCGCACUCUCUGCCGGCGGAUGAUGACGUCACCAGCAGUGCACGCUACAGAGUUCGAGCUGCUCAAAAUUUGUUCGCAUUAAGAGGGAUAUCAUACUUCAUUGACAAUGGGGAUUCUCGAAAAGAUAGCAGAGAUAGAGAGAGAAAUCUCUAGAACACAGAAGAAUAAAGCCACUGAGUACCAUCUGGGUUUAUUAAAAGCCAAGCUAGCCAAGUACAGAGCCCAGCUUUUGGAGCCCUCAAAGUCAGCUGGACCAAAAGGUGAAGGCUUUGAUGUCAUGAAAUCUGGUGAUGCUAGAGUGGCUCUCAUUGGAUUUCCCUCCGUUGGCAAGUCUACUUUUCUUAGUUUAAUGACAAAAACAGAAAGUGAAGCGGCUUCAUAUGAAUUCACCACGUUGACCUGUAUCCCUGGUGUCAUUGAGUACAAAGGUGCCAACAUACAGCUGCUGGAUUUGCCUGGUAUCAUUGAGGGUGCUGCACAAGGAAAGGGCAGGGGCAGACAGGUCAUUGCUGUGGCCAGAACCGCAGAUGUGGUCAUCAUGAUGCUGGAUGCAACCAAAGGUGAUGUUCAGAGGGAACUCCUGGAAAAAGAGCUUGAAUCUGUUGGCAUCAGACUGAACCGGUCCAAACCAAAUAUCUAUUUUAAGCCUAAAAAAGGUGGAGGACUAUCGUACAAUUCGACGGUUCCGCUCACACAUUGCUCUGAGAAACUUGUUCAGCUCAUUCUUCAUGAGUACAAAAUCUUCAACGCUGAAGUUCUGUUCAGAGAGGACAGCACCCCAGAUGAAUUUAUUGAUGUCAUUGUGGGCAACAGAGUGUACAUGCCUUGCUUAUAUGUGUACAACAAAGUGGACCAGAUCUCAAUAGAGGAAGUGAAUCGUCUUGCUCAUAUACCUCACAGUGUAGUCAUCAGCUGUGGCAUGAAACUGAAUCUAGAUUACCUCCUUGAGCAAUUAUGGGAAUACCUGGCUCUGAUCUGCAUUUAUACCAAGAAGAGAGGAGAACGACCAGAUUUCGGUGACCCAAUAAUCAUGAGACGAGCAGCUUCAGUUGAACAUGUGUGCCACAGAAUCCACAGGACACUAGCUAGCCAGUUCAAGUACGCACUUGUCUGGGGAACAAGCACAAAGUACAGUCCUCAGAGAGUAGGACUUACACACAUCAUGGAACAUGAGGAUGUCAUUCAGAUUGUGAAGAAAUAAAAUCUAGUCUUCAUAUCAACUACAGAAUGAACGGAACGUUUUUUGUUUUUUUUUCUGUUAAGAACUACAAAGACUUGAUGGAGAAAUCUUGUGCUCAAGACUUAAAAAUAGAAAUGUAUUAUUUUUGUUUAUGGAAAAUCAUCUACCUGACAUAAUCCAUUCAAAUAAACAAUAUUCAGAUCA